AGGGUUUGCCCAAACUCCUCCAUAUUGCUACAGGGACUCACAGUGGGACAAAGAGAAGGCAGUGCCUUUUGAACUGAUCAGCUGCUAAGUCUCUUACCGCUGUUAUAAUGCGGGUAAUUUCUCUCCUGUUCGUGUUGGGGCUCCUGAAUUGCACUCUGGCCCUGGACAGAGAUCCCUUCCAAUGGCUCUCUUCCCUGCACAGCCUUGGUUAUGCCUCCCUGCAGGCCGACAACACCGGUGGAGAGUGUCCUGAGGAAUGUGACUGUCCUCCCACCUUCCCAUUUGCCAUGUACUGCGACAACCGCAACAUGAAACAAAUGCCUUACAUCCCAUCCCGGAUGAAGUAUGUGUACCUGCAACACAAUCAAAUCACCUCUGUCCCAGAUAAUGCUUUUGGUAAUGCCACCAACCUUGAAUGGGUUAUUUUGCAUGAGAACCAUAUUAACUCUGUAGGCAAGAAAGCAUUUGCUAAACUGGUAAAGUUGGAUCGCCUGUACCUGAACAACAACAACCUAACAGAGGUGCCAUCCAAUCUCCCUCGCUCCUUACGUGAUAUUCGUCUCAAUCACAAUCAUAUUGCCAAAGUGUCCCCCAAUGCUUUUGAAGGAAUGGAGAAUCUGACCAUUCUUUUGCUUCAUAACAAUGGCAUCCAGGAUAUUGGCAGGAGCCUGAAAGGUCUCAAGUCAUUAACUCUGCUGGAUGUGAGCAGUAACCAGCUGAAGAAGGUUCCAGAUGGUCUUCCUGAGAUGCUCCACCAACUCUACCUAGAGUCCAACUCCAUCGAUACAAUUCCAGCUGACUUCCUCAACCGAUUCACCAACUUGCAGUAUGUCCGUAUUGCUCACAAUGAGCUCACAGACAAAGGCAUCCCUCAAAACACAUUUAACAUCAGCGGUCUUGUGGAGCUUGAUUUGUCCUUCAAUAAGUUGGAAAAGAUUCCUGUUGUUAGUACCAAUCUGCAACAUCUCUAUCUACAGGCCAAUCAGAUCAAAGAGUUUACUUUGGGUAGUUUCUGCAGUGUGGUGGAUGUUAUGAACUUCUCCAAGCUGAGAGUCUUGCGACUGGAAGGAAAUGAGAUCAGCGCUAGAGACAUGCCUUCUGAAGCAGCCUUGUGCCUUCGCCUUGCAUCUGAUAUCGCCGUGUAAUGGCUCUGUCCAACCAGCAGAGGGCUAUUUUGGUUUCCUCCAAAAUUAUAAUAUCAAAGUAGUAGAACAUUGCAUUGAUGCACAUGUUCAUUUUUGAAUUUAUAGUGCUUUGGGAUUUUGUAAGAGAUGAAUGCAAUUUCCUGUGGACUUUAGAGAGAAAGACAAAUAGCCUACUGAAACAGUGAAAACAGGAACAUUGGGAGAUUUACUGUAGAUAGGAAAUGAAGAUCCUCUGUAAAGGUAUAUGCAGCCUGUUUGUUCUUAUCUAAAGCUACAUAGCUAUUAUUAAAUGAGUUUUAUGGGUUUAGUUUAUGAUUUUGUUCAUUUGUGCAUAUCUGUUUUAUCAGAAGACACUAUGGCAGAGCUAAAAUCAACAUUUCAGUCUGCUAUUGUUUGAUAAACAUUUGAUUCAUUUUAGGUAUACAGUAUGCAACCUGGAUUCAUGUCAGUUCAAGAAUGGAGUUUGAGCAAUGCUGUAAGUAUUUAUUUUACAUGUGAGACAGAAAGAUGUAACAAACUGAGACAUCAUACUUGACUACAUCAAACUGAUUAUGUAAUCUGAAAAAAAGAAAAAAUUAAAAACAUUAAAUUGUUUUUAGAGCAAAUGUAUUGCAUGCAAUAUGUUACAAAGGACAGAGGGCCUGUAAGCCUUUUGUGUGGCUCAAUAAAUCUAACUGUAUCAAUAAAA